AUGCAAAAAGAGGUGAAUAAUACCAUGAGCAGUACUAAAACUUAUGUGGAACCGCGAACCCUUGGGAAAUACUAUUGCACGCUCAUAUGGAAUUUAUUAAACAAUCGUGCAUUUGCAUUUUCUCUAUGUACAAUAAUAGCUAUGGCCAUUGGUAUAUUAGUAGUUUGUUUUAAAAUACCAAAGCCAUCCGGUAUGUACUUACUCCUUUAA